AAGCGCAGAGCGCAGCGCGCCCCGACAACACAGAGACAUCCACCGACGGGCGCAGCCGGCGCGAGAGGGGCUGGGAGGCGCGCUCCGGGCACCGCGAGCAGAGCCGCGCGGCGUCUCUGAGCCACAGCUCGGACUGACGUUGCGGUCCCCGCGUCCCUGCUCCUGCGCCGCGUCCCUCCGGUCAGCAUGAGGCUCCUGACGGCUGCGCUGCUCCUGCUGCUCCUGGCGCUGUGCGCUGCGCGCGUGGAUGGGUCCAAAUGCAAGUGCUCCCGGAAGGGACCCAAAAUCCGCUACAGCGAUGUGAAGAAGCUGGAAAUGAAGCCAAAGUACCCGCACUGCGAGGAGAAGAUGGUGAUCAUCACCACCAAGAGCGUAUCCAGGUACCGGGGUCAGGAACACUGUCUGCACCCCAAGCUGCAGAGCACCAAGCGGUUCAUCAAGUGGUACAACGCUUGGAACGAGAAGCGCAGGGUCUACGAAGAAUAAAAUGGAAAAAAAAACACCCUGAUAUGAAAACUCCAAGCUGGUUGGGAGACUUGAGCAAAAGACUUUGCCUAUUAAAA